AUGAAGCUUUCCGUUUGCAUCCUGCUCGCCGUUGCUGCAGCCGCCGUUUCGCCUACUCAUCGAAACGGUGUUGGUGCUCAACCGCAACCGACGAUGCUUGAAUCAGCAAGUGGGACGACGUCCAACACGCCGCCUAAAGCCUGCGACAGUGACUGUGUGGCGGAGCAAGGGUAUGUGUGUGGAUCAGAUGGCCAAACCUACUACGACAACUGCCGCCUUGUCGCCGCUAAUUGUACGAGCGGAGAACCCAUCAUACAGCUGUCGAAAGGAUGGUGUCCCGGCUAUUCCUCGUUUCGUCCGGGCACGGGCUUCAGCAACUGCACCGAGGAUUCGCCCUGCGUGUGCGGCUCUGACAACGUCACGUACGACAACAUCUGUAAGCUGGAAGAAGCCGCGGCCCAAACUUCUAAGCUCACUUUCGCUCGCGAAGGAGCCUGUGACCCUGUCCCGGACAGCCCCAAGCCGGACGGCCCUUCGAAGGAAUUCGAAGAAAGCUGUCUAUGUCUCCAUGUGGAAGGGAACGCGUGCGGCUCCGACGGCGUUACGUAUUCGAGCAUAUGUGACCUGGUCGAUGCGAAGUGCAACGAUCCGACUAAAGCAGAUCUCGAGAAGGUUCCUUGCGAGGAGGACUUGCCCAUUCAGGGCUACUGA